CGUUAUGUUGUUUUGUUGUCUGACUGUCUUACAAUUUUCAUUGUUGGAUAGACAAUUGUUGCGAGAAGAAGCUGAGAAAAGCGCAAAGAAAAGAGGAAUUGUAUAUAAAAGAAAACAACAAUUUUAAUAGAAUUGAAGUGUGUGUGUGUGUGUUUGUGGUUAAAAAUUUAUGAUGAAAAAUAAAAGAAAUCUAAUCUAAUAAUAACUAAAUUAUUAAACAAAUAAACUAAAUAGUGUUGUUAAUAAACAAAUAAUAAUGAAAUAACUACAUACAUAUAAAUAAAAUUUUUCUGAACGUCGUCGCUUUAAUGCUACAAUUACAAAUUCUUAUUUGUUUCAUACAAUUUGAAAUCCACUACUAUUUUAUGAUCAACUCAUUUAUUUUUGCCAUUGUUGAGUGAUUCAAACUUGUUGAAAGUCGAAUAAUGAGCUUUAAGCAAACAACAGCAGCAGCAAUUUUAAACAACAUUUUCUAAAUUAUUGGAAAAAAACCAACAACAAUUAAUUCCUAGCAAAUUAAAGUAUAAAAAAAUUAUUCAAAAUUGUGUAAAAAAAUAAGAAAAUAAUUUAUUAAUAAUAAGUUAAUUGAGUUCAAAAAAGAGAAUCUAAACUAAAGUUUACAUUCUUAGUUAAAUCAAUAAAAAAUAGUGCAAAUUUAAAUAACGAAAUCUAAACAAAUUUCAUAUUCAACUUUAAUUGCCGCCUAGAGGACAUAACUUUUCAUAAAAAUUUGCUUAAGAUUAUGAUUUCAAUGAACGUAAUGAAGGCAUAACAAAUCAGGGAUAUCAGUACGAUGAAUUAAACUACAAUUAUAUGUAUGGACAAUUUGAUGCGACAACAGCAAGUGCUAAUAAUAUGGCGGAGAAUAAUACACUGCAGCGUGCUGACGAGCGAUCAAUUGUCAAAACCCGAGAAACUUCUGAACACAAUAGCACUGUGGAUAGCAUAAAUAGUGUGGAGCAACAUGAUCAUUCCGGUUGUUUGCCAGAUUUCCAGUUUUCCAUGAUAGAAGCUGAAUACGAUGAAGGUUUGAUAAUACCCGAUUCGUUAACCAUACUAUCGAUAGGCGGUGAUAAACCCGUAUUAGUGGAACGUAAAGAAGGCACAGAUGAUGAUGAAUUCGAUGAGGAUGAUGUGGAGUUGAGGCGUUUGACAGUGAUACCUUUUACGCGUUUAUAUGGGCCCAGUAUUAAAUUUACCUCAUUUCAACGCAAAGUCUUUAUGCCGGGCAUAGAGAUACAAGUGCGUUUCAUAGAUACGGAAAGAAGUGUUACCACUCACUUGCUAAAUCCGAAUUU